GAGCUUGAACACAUCAUGCUGGACUACGAGCGACCGCCGUGCGCAUUAGGCUCCGGGCGGGCGGCGGGGAGUGGUGGGCUUCUGUUCCCUGCGCACCCGCACAUGCACGCCCCGCUCGCCGCGCCGCUCGCCGCCAUGCCCCAGCGCUACUCCCACCAGAGACGGAGAGCCAGCACCGCGGCGGGUCGGAGGAUGGAGCGCAGACGGAGGGACCAGCUGCGCAAAGCCAACGACAACAACAGCAGCAGCAGCAGCAGCGGCGGCAGUGGGAGCGGGAGUGGAGGGAGCAGCGGAGUUACCGGGACGAACCACAACAACACACAGCGCUCCAAGAAACUGGCCAUGCUCUCCAGGUCUUUACUCCUGUGUCACUCCAAAACAAGUGACGACCGUAGCCCAGAGGAGAGGACGCCCCGGGACAUGUCUGAGGCCUUCAGGACGUGGGGGUCCGGCUGGGGGGCGGAGCUAAGUACCGGCGUCCAAUCAAACUGUAGACCGACAGAGAAUGGACAGGUGUGGACCAACUGUCACCCCCCCACCCCAGAGAAGCAUCCAGACAUGGACAGUCAGAGAAGUGAUUCGUUCAGGGAGAAAAAGGGGCUCAGGAGAUCUUUCAGCAUCAAGGAGAGCAGUAUCUGGCGCAUGUGUGUAGCAGCUCGGCCCCAGGAGGAGGUGAGAGGGCCCCACACGUCUGACCACAGUGUGCAGACGGAGCCCAGAGACGAGCCAGCAGCGAUGCACAGGGCCGUCCUCACAACAGACAAACUGGCUCCUUUUAACGGACAGGGUCUGAGUAGCAGCGGCUGGAUGGAGCUGCAGAGAGCGAGGAGUGUCCACAUUAAAGCCUGCUGUGAGGACAUCUCCACAUCAGAGGACACGUUUCAGUCUCGCAGUCUCAGCACCAGCCCCCUGCACCAGAGUUACCCCCCGGACGCCCUCUCUCUGCCCGGGUACACAGACGACGAGCUGCUGGCCAACAACAACCACCUCAAGUUGCCGAUUCCAGAGGUGAAUGAGGACAGAUACUGGGAGACAGAGAAGACUCCAGAGAUCCCACCUGGACAGAAUGACAACAACAAGAUCAACCACACCUCUGCUGCUGGAGUCCAUCCGUACUGGAUUGGAGACCUGGAGACCAUCAUAAUGAAGAACCCAGAACUGUACCAUCCACACAGGAACCACGCCUUAUAUGGAAACAGGAAGUCUCUGUCACAGCAGCUGGAGAUUUUUCACAACAGCACACGGUGUGUGUCUCGUCCAUCUCGGUCCCUCAGUUCGGCUCAGCUCCUUCACUCCAGCAGCAGCACACAGGCUUUUAUCAUCUGUAACAUCGUCCUCAUGAAGGGCCAGGGGAAAGGCCUUGGCUUCAGUAUAGUAGGAGGUAAAGACAGUAUGUACGGGCCAAUGGGGAUCUACGUCAAAACCAUAUUUCCUGGAGGAGCUGCUGCUGCCGAUGGGCGACUGCAGGAAGGUGAUGAAAUUCUGGAGCUGAACGGAGAGUCUCUUCAUGGUCUGACUCACGACGAAGCGCUCAACAAAUUCAAACAGAUCCGUAAAGGUGUUUUGACUCUGGUGGUGCGCACGAGUCUCAGAGUGGACGCCCUGUGUGGUCCCACGCAGCAGAUGGCGCUGUGCCGAUCUCGCUCCCUCAGCUCCACCGCCGCCGUGUCGCGAAUGAGCACCGACAUCACCGACCUCAGCUACCUCCACAGCCCCGCCCCUCACCACUCAAGCCACACCCAUCAACUCUCUAGUCACGCCCAUCACAUGACAAGCCACGCCCAUCGGCUCUCCUCUAGCCCCGCCCCAAACUCACUGAGUGUCCCCGAGCACAGCCACAAGCCCCGGGACAGAGUCAUGAUGGAAAUCGUCCUACACAAAGAGUCCGGUGUAGGGCUGGGCAUUGGUCUGUGCUGUGUCCCGUCCGCAGAGGGCUGUCCUGGGAUCUACAUCCACACUCUGUCUCCUGGAUCUGUGGCCCACAUGGACGGCAGACUACGGUGUGGAGAUGAGAUUAUGGAGAUCAAUGACACAGUGGUGUAUAACAUGGCUCUGAACGACGUGUACACUGUACUGAGCCAGUGCAGCCCCGGUCCAGUCCACAUCACCAUCAGCAGACACCCCGACCCAAAGGUGUCAGAGCAGCAGUUAAAUGACGCCAUCGCUCAGGCCGUGGAAAACAGCAAACUCAGGAAGGACAAGAGUCAGUGGAGCAUUGACAGUCUUCGUAAAGAGUCGUGCUCGUACAGGCGGCAGAGGUGUGACGGGUGUGUGGACCACAGUGUGACUCAGCUCAGAGCUCAGAGGACCAUGACCAGAUCUUGCAGCGAAAACACAAACUGCAGAGACCACACCCGCUGCCCCGCCCUCCUCACGCAUCAUCAACACCACAGCCAAUCAGCAGCCAGAGUGCACAGCCUGGACACGCCCACGUCGAUGUCCGAAACGUGGUCAGACAACAGACUGUCAGUGCCCGUGUAUCCAGAUGAAGAUUAUAACAUCCCAUACAAUUGUGCCCCUGCAAACAAGACCAGCCCCCUCACCCUGGACCUGGGAGUCAGGGGCAACAAGGAAGAGGAAGAAGUUCACGACGAUUCAGGGGUUCGAGAUCUGAGCUCCUGCAGUGAAGACGUCGAUCUCCCCGCAGGUGAUUCCUCUCUUGCCUCUCAGAACAAGAAAACAGCUUUGAGGAGACAGGGGCGCGUCGACUCACACACCCCAGAACCGCUGCACGAUCCCUGGGUUCGCCUUGCAGACUCGUCCCCUAAGAGAGACCCACCUCUGGAGCUCGGCCACCUCCCACUGUCUACAAGCACCACCCAGUCCGUCCACAACCAACCGAAAACCAUGAGCGACGAAGAAACUCAGCUCGAUGUCAAUGGAAAUAAUAGUUUUGAUAAAGACAAUGAAAAUAAGCCUGAAGUGGCCUCUCCUCCGGCAAAACAGGGGCCUCCAGUCGCUCCGAAACCUGCCUGGUAUCGUCAGAGUCUGAGGAAAAUCCGAGAAGAGCAAGAUCAGAAGAAGUCAAUCAAAACUAGCUCUGAUCCACCAUCUUCAGUUGGCUACAGCAGGAGUUUUGGCACCAGGGGGCAGACUUCUAACACCAACCUUUCCAUAAGGCAGAAAAUACACAGUUUUGAGACAUUUUCAAGCCAAGAAAGCCCGGAAAAAGUGAUUGGCACUAAGAAGCAAGUAUCAACCUCCAGUUCACUUCCAAUGAUUGAAAAAGAAGCAAAAAUUAAGUCAACAAACGGCAGGAAGAAAGACGAAACCAAAGAUGUGAACACCAAUGAAUCGGAUGCAAGUUUGUCGACAGAAAUUGUAAAAGAUGAUUCAAAAAGCAAUUCAAAUUCAGAACCUACAACUGAUCCAUGUCCAGAAGUAGCACAAAUAGAACAACUUUCGCUCACGGUAACAGCAAACGAAGAAACAAAGGAUUUACAUUUAGUAGAAGAAGAAGAAGAAGAUACAAAAAAUGAUGCAACGGAGGAAGUUUGUAAAGGAGAAACUUCAGAUGAGGCGAUGGUGCAAUCAGUUGAUGAAGAAAAGAUACCGGAACCUGUUGCAGAUAUUGAAGAUCAAACAGAAAAGUCACCAAACUCAACACCAGCUGACAAUGGUGUUUCAAAGGGCUGUGAAGAGAGUCUGGGGAAGAUCCUUGCCUUCAGUAACCAGGUGUCCCAUGCUCUGAUGCGGUCUCUCCCUCACAGUUCUCCUCAGUCCCAGGACCAUCCGGAGUCUGAAUCCAGUGAAAAAACAGGAUCUGAACCAGGACUGGAUUCUGGCUUCUCUGUCAGUUUGGCCGUGCUGAGGGAGUGCUCCAUGAAUCAAGGCGAGUCUUCAGGAGCUGAGUCUUCAGGAGCUCAGUCUGUGCUCUCAGUUCUCCCCUCACAGGAAGUACAACAGCUCAUACAGGAAGUGCAAGAGCUGGACCCAGAGGAACUCAAGCAGUUGGAGGACAUCCAUGUGGUGAUUCUGCACAAAGAGGAGGGUGCUGGACUGGGCUUCACCAUCGCUGGAGGCUCAGACCUGGAGAACAAGGCUCCUACAGUCCACAGAGUUUUCCCCUCCGGUCUGGCCGCUCAGGAGGGCACCAUUCAGAAGGGGGACCAGAUUCUGUCGAUAAACGGGCAGAGUUUGAGCGGAGCGACGCACAUGGACGCCACAUCAGCUCUGCGCCAGGCCCGGACCCUCAGUGUGGCAGUGGUGGUGGUCUGUAAGAGACCAGACGAGGAGGACGGGGGAGAGGAGGGCAGGGAGAGCUCUGCCCCUGCUAAUACAGUGGAGCAGGAGGACGGUGUGAUCACUGUGACUGUGGACAAAGGCUGUGGAGGAGUGGGCUUCACUUUAGAGGGAGGCCAAGGCUCCAUCCACGGAGACAAGCCUCUGGUCAUCAACAGGAUAUUCACAGCUGGAGCAGCAGAGCAGAGCGGCCUUCAGCCUGGAGACGAGGUGGUGACAGUGCAGGGUCUGAACGUGGGUCACAUGACCCGCUUCGAGGCCUGGAACUACAUCAAGGGGUUACCUGAGGGCCUCAUCACGGUUAUGGUCAGGAGACAGGCCCAGUAAUGUCUCCAAAUGAGUUUACAGUGGAGUUAUAAACGUUACAUUUGUCACACAUUUUCCCAAAGACUUGAAUAAUAUGUGGAGUUUAUGAGCACAAAAGGGCACUUAGCUUCAGGGUCCACAACUGUAUAUUCAAUUUCAAAUAAAAAAUAAAUAAAUAAACCAGUAAAAUACAGUACAAUAAAAUGCAUUUCUAACUUUGUAAAUCAUCAAGUUUAAGAUACACUUUUCAGUAAUGUUCAUAAUCUUGGAUGUGUUAAUGUAAGAAAAUACUGCCUGCGACGGAAGACUAUAAAUAAUAUAUAUAUAUGGCUAUAAAUCUGUGCUAUCGGCCUCUACCAUCGGUCAACAUCACAUUUCUAUAUUCAUUCAUACACUAUUGAUAUGUUUUUAACUCUUUUUGAAAAAAAAUAUAAACAUUUUACCUCCAAAACUAGUAUUAGUGCUGCCCAUCGAUGAGCUCCAACAGAAACAGUGUUAAUAUGUUUUUACACACAUCUCAAUUCAGGUCCUUCUUGGUACAAUUUUAUUUAUGUUAUGCCAUUUCACAUCAUUAACAGAUCAUGUAAAAGUCAAGAGGAUAAUGAAAAAAUAUGUUUAAAAAGUAUUUAUGUUUAUUUCAAAGCAAAGUCUAAGAUUUAAUAAAUUGUCCGAGAAACCAA